AUGCUCGGAGGCGGUGGCCCGGGACAAAGGCCCCCGGUGGAGACGGUCAGCUACAACCAUAACACACCGCGCGGGAGCGGGAGAGGGAGCGAACGCCGCGAGUCUGAGGACGGCGGCCGAGUCUACAUCAACCAAGCCCGAGCGGGCUCCUGCAUCGAAGAUCUCUUCGGGGGCGGGGGCGGGGGCGCCUGGCAAGUGUGCCACGACCCCGACGAGGACAGCAGUCGCGGUGGUCAGCAAUGGCGGGGUCAACCGCGUCCGUCGUCGGCAAAGCCGCUGCCGCGAGUCCCGAUAGACAAGGAGGCCGCAAAGACAUGGAUCUACCCUGUGAACUACCCCAUCCGCCAGUACCAGCUGCAGAUCGUGACCCAGGCCCUGUUCAAGAACACCCUCGUGGCGCUGCCGACGGGCCUCGGCAAGACGCUGAUCGCCGCCGUCGUCAUGUACAACUACUACCGGUGGUUUCCGGAGGGGAAGGUCGUGUUCCUGGCCCCAACCAAGCCUCUCGUGGCGCAGCAGAUCAGCGCCUGCUACAACAUCAUGGGCGUGCCGGAGCAGGACACCGCCGAGCUCCAGGGGUCGGUGGACCCGAAGAAGAGGGCCCAGCUGUGGGACGAGCGGAGGGUCUUCUUCUGCACCCCGCAGAGCAUGGCCAACGACAUCAAGCACAAGCGCUGCGACCCCGCGCGGUUUGUCUGCGUCGUUGUGGACGAGGCGCAUCGGGGCACCGGGAACUACGCGUACGUGAACGUGAUCAGAGAAGUUGCCGCCGCGACGUCGCACUUUCGGGUGCUGGCGUUGAGCGCGACUCCGGGAAGCGACAUCAAGGUGCUGGUAAACCUCCGUAUCGCCCACAUCGAAUGCCGCAGCGAGGACGACCCGGAGGUGGCUCGGCACACUCACGCGCGUCAGAUCGAGGCAAGCCGGAUAGAGCCCGUCUACCACAGCCCGUCCCCUGGGCGGCAGGUGGUGAAGUGCAAGCUCGGGGGCCACAUCGACGCGAUAAGGCAGAGCCUCGUGGACGUGCUCCAGCCCCUGGUGAACAGGAUGGCCGACAAGCGGGUGCUCUUCAGCCGGGACCCUAUGGCCCUCAAGGCUUGGACUGUGCUUCAGAGCUUGCAAGCCUUCAGGCGAAGCGUCCACGAGAACGGCAACGAGCACAUCGCGGGGGAGGUGGAGGCGGAGAUGGGCGUGCUGAACAAGGUCAUGCAGGCGAAGGACACGUUGGUGACGCACGGGGUGGCCGGAUGCCUUCACAAGCUCGAGAACAUGGAGAAGGACGUGAACGUCCGAGGGAUACGUUCCAACGCGGAGAGGGGAGUGCUCCGACAUGAGGCGUGGCCGGGCCUCAUGAAGCUGCUGCGGCAGACGGUGGAGACCACCGCUGGCGCCAGCGUCAAGCACCCCAAGCUGGAGAUCACCGAGUUCCUAGCCGGCGAGGAGCUGUUGAGAGUCAAGCCGUUCAUCGGGCAGGGGAACAGCACCGGCGCGAAGGCACGGGCGGCGGCAGUGGAGGCGGAGGCUGUUAAGCUUAACGCGGCUCGGCGAGGCGGCGGCGGGGGAGACGAGGACGGCGGGGGCGGUGGGGCAGAAGACUUGUUUCCAAAGCAGCGGCUUCGAGGGCAGACGCAGAAGGAGCAGAAGGCAGUGGUAAAGGCGUUUUUUUCGGGGGAGUUCAACUGCCUGGUGGCCACGUGCAUCGCCGAGGAGGGUCUGGACAUCGGAGAGGUCGACCUCAUCGUUAGCUUCGACGCGCUCAACAGCCCGGUGCGGAUGGUGCAGCGAAUGGGGCGGACUGGACGGAAACGCGCCGGGAAGGUGGUGGUGUUGGUAACAGAGGGGUCGGAGGAGUCCAAGCUGCGCAACUCGAACAGCAAGAGCAAGUCCAUCACCAGGGCCCUGCAGACGAGAAAGGACAAGUUCGACAUGUACCAGGACGAUGAUUCGAUGGUGCCCCCGGGCCCACGGCCACGCAUGGUGAAGCAGGAGAUGGUCAUCAUGGAGUACCACCUCAGCCAGGUGAAGAAGGCCGGGGCCGGAGGCGGCAAGGGCAGAGGCGGCGGCGGCGGUGGGGGGGUGGGUGGGGUCGGUGGCGAGGAUGGGUGGCGCUUGUCGGCGGCGCAGAGGGCCACGCUUCUGGAGGCGUACAGCGACGAGCCUGGGACGAAGGCGUACAUGCCCAACCCGGUGUCGGGGUGGAGGCGGCAGAGGUGCCCGCUGGCGUCCAGCAAUGUGCGUAUUUUGUAA